CAGUGUUAACAACUGUUAGAAACGAAAAUAAGCCAACUAGACUUGAAUUUUAGCGUUUUUCGGUUGUUUUUGAGGUAUUACGAGUGAAAUUAGGUGAUAAUUGACUGAAACUAGUGAAGUUUCGUGAUAUUUUAAAGUGGUUUGUGUAUAUUUGACGUUUUGGAUAUCCACUGAGACAUUAAAAUUAUCGGGUUCCAAAACACAGCUUAGAAGAUGUCAGUCAAAAAAUAACUCUUGAACGAUGGCUCUUAAACUACGUAAAGACAUAAAAAAAUCUUCUUACUACGUUUGGUUUCUUGGUGCUAAAGAAUCCAAGGGUUUACGUGGUACUGAGUACAUAUUACCGGUGAUAAAACAUUUAGAACAACGCGAGAAGGAUGUUGAGCCUUUCAAGGUCACAUUGCAAGUGUCGCAUAAAGGUUUGAAAAUUGUUCAAAAUAUCGUCUCGCAGGGUGCCAAAAAUAGCAAACCUAAGAAUGAAACGAUAAAACAUUUUAUACCCCACAACACCAUAACCUGCGUUUAUCAACACGAAGAUAUCAUAGCUUGUAUUCUACUACUAUUCAACCCGGUAACCAAAUGCCCUCUACACGUCCACGCCUACAGAUGUGACAGUCUAGAAACGGCAACACUGCUAAAACAACAACUACAAACCUUAAUUGACAGACCUGAGAAUCAGAAGAAGUUCGCUGAGAUAGAAAGUCGCCUUAAACCUCCCAAGGAGUUGAAGAAAGUUGAGAGUUCUAUUGGGAGUGACACAGGGACUAGUACGAGAGAAAGCGAAUCAAGUGAGGAAAGAUUCGCAGUUGAAAACACCAGAGUGUCGACAUUAUACGACUCAGUGGCGGCGGAGCUUCGUGCCAAGUUGGGGAAAAAAAACUCCCCCAUCCUCCUCCCCCCCAGAGACUACGACACUGUGCAUCGGCAAAAAGGCAACCUCGCAGGUAUCGAAUUGCGGCGUUGCCUUAACGCUAACAUCGUCGGUCAGAAUGUCAAAGGUAGAAGGAUGGAAAGUAGUGGGGGGUAGCAGUGGGAUAGGGUCGGAUCACCCCCCAAGUCCCGAUUCACCGGAUGCUCCGGACAAUAGGUUCAGUACGUUGGAUAAUCAAAGCACAAGUGAUGAAGAUUGGAACGGUGACCCAGCCGAUUCAACUCUCUAUUUGAUGCAUGGUCCCGCCCAGAUGACCCUACCAAGACCUAAAAAUGCACAACAAGAGGUAAGGGGAAAAUCCCCAGACCCUACCCAGCAAAGAUUUUCUCGAUAUGAAGACGAAAAAUUUAGAAAAUCUACUAAGGAGAUUCGGGAUAGUGGAUACUCAUUUGGAUCACAAGAUAACAUCAAUAAUAAUACCACCAACAGUAAUAUAACGAAAUAUUUGGAGAAACCCAUUGCUAAAUUCACGAAUAACAACUACCUGGAGAGACAGAAAAGCUUGGAGAAGGAGAAAGUUGAGAGACAGAAAAGUCUGGAUACUGAGGAUAGAUACUACAACGAUGCAUACUACCAGGAAAAGGAAAAAUACAACAAUAGAUAUGACAGAGAAAGAUUCGCUGAAAGAUACACAGAUGAGAACAAAAAGUACCACAAGGAAGAGUUACGAAGAACUGAUAAAGACAAGCCCAUAAAAUACUUUGAGGAUGACGGUUUUGAUGAAAAUAUAAGAUAUAGAUCUAAGUCUACAGACUUCGACCGUCAACAUCAAAGAUUCUCUUAUGAUGAAGAAGAAUUCUUCGAUGAUUCCAGAAGAUUUAAGGAGCCACCAGUAGCAAAAACAAGGCAAAAAUAUGCUGGUGAUGAGAGUAACUCCAAAUAUUACAAGGAAAAUUCAAGAUAUUACCAGGAAACGACCAAACCAACAGGUAAGUUUAUGCCGGAAGAUCCGAGAUACUACGAACCAGAAAAACCUAGAAGAAAACCAUCACCAGAAAAGUAUUCUUCGCGAUCUGAAAGGGAUGAAAAAAUAUCCAGAUCCAAGGAAUACUUUGAAGAAGUAUCCAUCAGACGGGCAGCUCAAUACAGGCAAAGAAGCCCUUCACCUCCAGAAGAAUGCAAAGCUCCUAGGGAUAGGUUUAAAGACGCCAAGGAGAAAUUUUUGCUGAUGGAGAGGGUGCCCGAACCCCCCUCCCCACCCCAUAACUCCAAGGAAAAAAAUGUCGUCAGACGACAGGAAAGCAUGGCUUACGCCACAAGGGAGAGAUACGAUGACAGUUACUACGAUGAGCAUCCAAAAGCAUCUCCCAGGAAGAUCACUGAGGAAGUGAGAUAUCGGAGAGAUAUAUCGGGUGAAAGAUACAGAAACACCGAUAAAUUCGACCCCAAACGAAGAUCUAUGUUUUCCCUACUGGAAGAAGAGCACAAAAAAAAUUCCAAUGAAAUAGCGAAAGAGCUAAAACGGAGAUCAUAUCUGGAAACAUCGAGUUACCAUGACGGUUUCGACUAUCCAAGAGGGCCGAGAGAUUCCAGAGACCCUAGACACUUCCAAGACGAAGAUAGAUACAAAUCCAUAGAGUUGGAAAAAGUGGAGAAAUAUAAUCAAAAGUUCGAUAACAAAAAUCAAAAAGUAAAAAAUAGGCAUAGCUAUGCAGAACCAAAAUUGAGGGUGGAAAAAAAUGGUAAAAAACAUUUCUCUGAAAUGUUACACAGAACAAACAGUUCUGUAUCCAAUAACAACAGGGUUGGUAUCCCCUAUUAAUAUUAAAAGUAUUUUUAUUUAUUUUGUUGGUAUCAUUGACGUAUGACAUGAAAACGAUAACCUACAAAACGCCAUAUUUAUUAAAUUAAUGGUUAACUAAUGUUAACCAUUUAUUUUAUAAGAUUUUUUUAUAUGCUAUAGCAUAUACAUAUUGAAUUUUAUAUUACACAAAAACACAAAUUUUUUGGAAAAAAAAAAAUUACAGAUCUGGAAAAAAAAUUUU